GGCACGCAGCACAGCAAUGUCAUUUGGGGAGCACAUCCUGCCUCUCUGUGAGCUGAGAUCCGACUUGCAGGACCUGAACCUGAGGGAGAUACAGAUCAAUAUCGCAAUAUCCCUGUGAACAAGAACUAAGGAAAACAACAAAGAAAACAUAUCAUGUCUGAUGAUGAACAAACCCCUGUUGACAUACAGUCGCUGGUUAAUAACACUGUGUCACAAGCAGUAUCCUCUGCUCUAGCAGAUAUUUCAUCUAUGGUUAAAAGUAUUAUACAGGAGACCCUUGAACCUCCGGCCCUGAUGCACAACUCCUCUGAACCAGAGACCUCUAAAAAGCGUACUUCCAAAACCAAACACCAAGGGGAACCCCCCCAUUCUAAGAAAAAUAAGCCUGCCAUAACCCUUCCCCUGGGGUAAUAUUACGAAAGACAAUGACAAUAAUACUACCUCUGAACCAAAUAACCCCAUGUACUACCCUGAUGGGUACCUAUCAAAUCAUGAGUCAGAAUGGCCUGAAGAGCCUCACGAAACACCCUGUACCCAAGAGGACACGGACACCUUCCCCGCACAAACCAUUAUAGACCCCUUAGGUCAGCCUAUUAUUCUUUAUAUAUAUAUAUAAAGCACAAACAGAUUCAGCAGCGCUGCCCCUGGGUACAAGGAUAACAGUACAAUGGAGUAACAAUACAAUAAAAGACAACAUUUUACAGACAAAUACAGGGGGAAUUGAGGGCCCUAGUCCCGUGGGAACUUACAAUCUAGAUGGGUAGGAGGAUGGGAAACAGGAGGUGGGGACUGCAAAGGUGAGAAUGAUAUUAGUGAGGAGAUAGAUGAGGGAAACUGUUAGUUAAGUGAAGUUAGUUUGUUAAUAAGUCAGGGCCCAUGUUUGACCCUGACCAAAUAAGACACCCACGGUCAUCUGAAUGGUCCCCUUCACCACACAAUGCAAUUCUUACAAGCAUGGCUAAGAAAACCCCUUCCUAAUCCCACUACGAAUAAAUUACGGGCAGAACGCCCACGACCCAUGCUCCCAGAUAGGGAAUCUUCCACCCCUGAAUUUGACUCCACUAUGGUGACUUUCCUCACCAGAGGUGGGAGAGACCCUAGAAGGGGCCAAGACAAAUCACUUAGAUCGUCCCAGGAUAAAUUAUUAGACAUGGUGGGGCUGAUUACACAAAUGUUACAGAUCACCGAUAAGGCUAUGAUAACUUCCCAACCCUCAGCAGAUCAGAGAAUGGGCACAAUGUACAAUUUGCCUUCUAGGCAACACCAAUGUAGCACUCUCUACUGAGAGGCGCAGGGCAGCUCUUGCCAGACUAGAUCCUAAACUGGCCCAUAUGGCAAAGACAGAAGGCGGAUCCUCAGCCAAAGGAUUACUCUUCGGGAGUCCUUUAUUUGAGAUCUGAAUAGAUUGGUUUCCAGAUUUACCUCUUUGGACAGAGCUCAGUCUAACGUGCGCAGAGUACUUUAUAACAGUUUUUUGCCAGGGCUGGGUGUUUCAGGGAUCGUUUGUCCAGCCAAGCAACGUUCAGAGUCUCCUUCCGUCAGCAAUAUGCUCCACAAAUUAGACCCUUGUUCCGUACAAGGGGCCGGCCCUUCCGAGCCAGAGGUCAUCCACAAGCCCCUCCAGCUCCCACUAAUCAAGGUGAGUCCUUCGCUCCUUCAUGCUUCCCCAAUAGAACUGGCGGGCAGACUUGCACGUUAUUUCCCAACAUAGAACACCUCAGACCAGUGGGUUUUGCAAACAGUUUUAGGAUUCCAGAUAGAAUUCUUCCAACUCCCGUCACAACCCCUCCCUCCCAACCCAAUCCCGUUUCCUCAUGCUAUGCAGGUACUUAUAAAUUUGGAAAUGCGUCAGCUUCUCUGCAAAGGGGCUAUAGAACGGGCCUCAGUACGAGGGUUUCUAAACAUGUUUUUGGUCAAAAGAAGGACGGAGGCUUUCGCCUGGUCAUCAACUUGAAAACCUUAAACUUAUUUCUCGUCUACCACCAUUUCAAAGUGGAGGGCAUACACCUACUCAGGGACACCCUGCAAGGGCAGGAUUGGAUGAUUGGAUGGUCUAGAUUUAAAAGAUGCAUACUUGACAGUGCCCAUGCAUUCCGCAUUCCGCCAUUAUCUUCAGUUCCUUUGAAACGGAGAACUCUGGCAAUUCACAUGUCUCCCCUUCGGCCUCAGUUCAGCUCCUUGGUGUUUCACCAAGAUUAUGAGACCGGUUGCAGCCUUCCUUCGAACCAGGGGCAUCAGGCUCAUCCUCUAUCUCUAGACGACAUCCUCAUUUUAGCGCAAGACAAGAGCUUAUUACUCAAUCAUUUAGAGUUCACAACGAACCUCCUGCAACACCUAGGUUUUGUGAUCAAUCAUGACAAAUCUCUCCUCCUUUCUAGGUUUCACAGUGAAUUCAAUAACAGCUAUCGUGCCCUUGCCGCAGGCCAAACUAGUCACCAUUCGAAAGGAACUCAGAUCAGCUCUGAGGAAACAACUUGCGAGGAUCAUAAGGCUCCUAUCCUCCUCCAUUCAGGCAAUUUCCCCAGGUCCCUUAUACUACAGGGCCAUGCAGAGAUUGAAGCACUCUUACCUACACAAAGACCCUUCCUUUGCCCAACCAGUAACUCUCUCCCCAGAGGUCAAACAGGAGAUAUCAUGGUGGCUUCACAAUAUGGAAGCCUGGAAUGGCAGGGUCAUUUUCGGUUUCUCGCCGGAUUUCGUAAUAUAAUCAGAUGCCAGCCUGAUUGGCUGGGGCGCAUCCUCCGACUUUCAGGCCACCGGGGGCAAAUGGACUCCGGAGAAGUCCUCGCUCCAUAUCAACUGUCUGGAACUCAUAGCAGGUCCUUUUGCCAUCUAAUCCUUCAAGGAUUCGUUGAACAAUUGUUGUGUCCUAAUCCAUAUGGACAGCAUCUCAGCUGUCCAUUAUAUCAACAAACUUGGAGGUACCAGGUCACUGAUCCUAGGGUUUUUAACUCAACAGUUUUACCAAUUUUUCGUUGAGAACAAUAUAUAAGUGAUGGCGGAAUAUCUUCCGGGACAGUCCAACGUAACGGACUAGCUUUCCAGGUACUGGAGAGACGUCAGCGACUGGAAACUGAACAGAUGUAUUUUUCUCAUAAUACAAGCUCUCAGGGGACCCUUGUCAAUAGACACUUACCAGUUCCUGACAUACUUCAGUUGGUUAUCAGACCCAGGAGCCCUGGCCACAGAUGCCUUUCUCCAAAAGUGGCCCCCAUACAGCGUUUAUGCCUUUCCCCCAUUCUCCAUGAUCUCCAGGGUUCUAGCCCUCAUCCGCAGACUCCAGAUCACUAUCGUGAUAGUCACUCCCCUUUGGCCAGCUCAAGCCUGGUUUCCAGCCCUCUUAGAACUAUCUCGUCAGUACCCUCUACUGAUAUCUCCCUUUCCGAACCUCUUAAGGAGCACAGAAGGUGACCAUCACCCAUUAAUUCUAGAUGAAUCACUCUGUCUCCUAGUAUGGACAGUUUCAGGGGUUCCUGGGACCCCUCAGGCCUUUCGGACACAGCUUAGGGUCUCCUCAGAAAUUCCUGGGCCCCUGGAACUCGACGGUCCUAUGAAUUCGCAUAGUCGAUCUGGGUUCGUUGGUGCUUGGCAGAAUGUACUGAUCCCUUUUAAGCACCUCCGGUGAUUAUAGCCAUUUUCCUUGCACAUCUAUAUGAACAAUGGAAAGCCUAUCGUACUGUUAAUCUCUUUCGCUCUGACAUUUCAGCGGCUCACCUACCGGUUAAUGGCUUACCGGUUGGUAAGGAUCCUCUCAUCUCUCGCCUCCUGAGGGGUAUCCGUCUUAGGAUUCCCCCUCAAUCUCAUUAUAAAUUCCUGUGGGGGUAUCAAAACUUCUGUCCUUAUUUCAAUCCUGGCCGGAUAACUCCUUGCUUUCCAUGAAACAACUAUCAGCUAAAUUUGCUUCCCUUCUCUCCUUUAGGAGAGCCUCUGAUGUUCAGGCUCUCAAUAUAGACGAGUUUUCUCUGUCAGGUUUACAGUUUCAUAUUAAUAGGCGUACUAAAACCUUCUCGUCUUCUCUAUCUUACCCUUAUCUAGAUUCUGAACCUCUACUGUGUGUAGCAAGAUGCCUUAAAGAAAACUGCGCUCGCACGGCUCCUUUCCGUACUUCAGAUAAAGGCUCUUUACUGAUUUCUUAUAUUCAACCCUUUUGCCCCAUAUCGGUCCUUACUAUUGCCAGAUGGAUAUGAUGGGUCAUGUCACUAGCUCACAUUCCGUCCUCCUUCGGAGCACAUUCAGUUAGAGGGGCAACAGCCUCUUGUGCCUUUAGGCAAGGUUGCUCUUUGCAAGACUUACUGGCUGCGGCAGACUGGUCUUCUGACUCUAUAUUUCGUAAAUUUUUAUUUUAAACCUAUUUCUCAGGCUGCUUUGUCACUGUUAGAUACUUAAGCUUUAAAAAAGCAAAAUAGGAGCCUUGUCAUGAAAUAUAGAUUAUGAUAGCCUUGGUGACUCUAUAGUCCCAAUUUUAUUUAAGACAGGAGGUAAGUAUUUUGCCCCCCCCUUGGGUAAAUUUCUUUCACUAUAUAUAUAGUUUUGUGUUACUUUGAUGCAUUAUCUGUUUUAUUCUAGUGUGAGUAGUCUGAUUUCAAGUUCAGGAAAUCUUCCAGGAAGUUCCGGUUCCGUUGGUCUUAUAUUCUACAGUUCCUGAGGAUUGGUUCGGUCCGGACCAGUGAAGAAAGAGGAAGUGGAUUGUCUAGCACCUGGCUUUAUUACCGUUUACUGUGAUCUCAUUGGUUGUCCAGAAAUAAUGUUUCUUUUUUCUGUACUUUUAUUACUGCUGGAGUUUAGAAAGUAAAGCAAAAUACUCGCCUCCUGUCUUUAAUAAAAUUUGGACUGUAGAGUCACCAAGGCCAUCAUAAUCCAUAUUUUACAGCUAAGAAAUGGACCCUUUCCUACUAUUUGCAAUGCUGAAAUGGUGGAUAUUGCUAUAGGAUCAAGGGACUAAGGUACCAAAAUCAUGUGUUCUGAGAUUCAAUGUGGGCAUAUUGAACCUGAAGAAAAGAAAAAAAAAAAAAAAAGGAUUUGAAAUGAGCAAAUAACUAAUGCAAAUCUGAUCAUAUACAGUAGUUGCAGGGCCAUGUGAUCAAGAUUCAGAAGAGAUGACAACUCCCCCAACUGCGUUCCCCCUGGAUUAACCACUGAUUUUCCGUGUUUUUGUAUUAAACAACUGGU